GAUAGAUGCACUGCCUGACGGGGGCGGGCAAGCGCGGGACUAGGAGGCGGCGCACGCGCAGGACGCGGCGGACCGGACCACCGCUCCUCCCCCGGCCGCCAAAAACUAUAAAAACCAGAAACGGCUGGCAGACUCAACUGUUCUGUUCGUCCGUAGCCAUGGCCCGUACCAAGCAGACUGCCAGGAAAUCCACCGGUGGCAAGGCGCCCCGCAAGCAGCUGGCCACCAAGGCCGCUCGCAAGUCGGCCCCGGCCACCGGAGGAGUCAAGAAGCCUCACCGCUACAGGCCCGGGACCGUGGCCCUCCGUGAGAUCCGCCGCUACCAGAAGAGCACCGAGCUCCUCAUCAGGAAGCUGCCCUUCCAGCGUCUGGUGCGCGAGAUCGCCCAGGAUUUCAAGACCGAUCUCCGCUUCCAGUCCUCUGCCGUCAUGGCUCUGCAGGAAGCCUCCGAGGCCUACCUCGUCGGUCUCUUCGAGGACACCAACCUCUGCGCCAUCCACGCCAAGCGUGUCACCAUCAUGCCAAAGGACAUCCAGCUGGCCCGUCGCAUUCGCGGCGAGCGUGCCUAAGCGUCUGAGUACUACAAUCUGCUCACACUAUAUCUAGGCCCUUUUCAGGGCCAAA